AUGAGCGGCGGCGGAGAUAACAGAGUGAAGGGGUCGUGGAGUCCACAAGAAGACGCCACACUGAUCAAGCUGGUGGCGGAGCACAGCCCACGCAACUGGUCCUUGAUCAGCUCCGGAAUCCCCGGACGGUCAGGUAAAUCGUGUAGGCUGAGGUGGUGCAACCAGCUCAGCCCCGACGUGCAGCACAAGCCGUUCACGCCGGCCGAGGACGCCGCUAUUGUUCAGGCCCACGCGCUCCACGGCAACAAGUGGGCCACCAUCGCGAGGCUCCUUCCUGGGAGAACCGACAAUGCCAUCAAGAACCACUGGAACUCCACGCUCCGCCGGCGCCGGCUGGCCGAGUCGAGCUCGGCUUCGUCGGAGUCGAACUCGGCCGCGAUCAUGAAGCGGUUGAUCGUCGAGGGAGGGGGAGCGUUUGACGAGCCGGAAAUGAAGCGGCAGUGCCUGCGUGCGGCGGCGGCGGAGGAGGAGAGUGAUUUCAAAGCGGUUGCGGCGGGAGUGGAGGACGUGCUGACGUCACUGACGCUGUCGCCUCCUGGGGAGAAAGUGGAAAACGAGGUCGUUUUGAAGAGUGAGAAGGUGGAGGAGGGAGAAGAGGACAAUGAGGAUCAUCGGGAUCAAGAGGAGGCGGUAGACGACGAGGAGAAGUGUACGGUGGAGAUGGAGGAGACGUGUUUGAUGACCAUGAUGCAGAGGAUGAUCACCCAGGAGGUGAGGGACUACAUCGAGGGCUUACGAGCGGCGAACGGGCUCGGGUUUGGGCUUCAGCAGGCGGUUCAAAAUGAUCCGAAAUGUUGA